AUGGACCGACCCACCACGCCGGGAGGGUCUCCCUACGGGCGUCCGCCUGCAUACGACGACGAGGAUGGUUUCUCGCCGCAGAUGCAAGGAGGUUCAACCAUGCGCUUGUUGACAAACGUGGAGGAAAGCCAGAGCUACAUGCCAAGACACUCGUUCGAGUCGGCUUCCAUCAUGUCUGGCGUGAACAGCACCAGGGCUGCGCUGGGCGAGCGCAUGACGCCGUCUGAGAUUGGCAGGCAAAAGACGGCCGAGGCAGGCAUUGUCGACUUCCUGCGUGAAGCUGGCGAUGCGCUGAGCUCGAAUGACCAUGCGCCUGCGGCUGGUGCGGGCCUUUCGACGCAGAUGCCCAGGCGCAAGACGCUCAAGUCACGAACCUGA